AAGUAGCGUUCAGCCAUGGCCGCAUUGAAGCUCUCACUGCUGUUAAGCUUCAUCCUCGCAUCGGUUUCAAUUCGCGAAGGUUCCUCCACAUGCAAGCGUAUCGAGUGCCCUUCCUACGAUUUGAUUCAUGUCGGCGACGGCUUCGAAAUCCGCCGCUAUAAUUCCACUGUCUGGGCCUCCACCUCCUCCAUUCAAGACAUUUCUCUUGUUGAAGCAACCAGAACUGGAUUCUUAAGGCUAUUUGAUUAUAUUCAGGGCAAGAACAACUACAAGCAAAAGAUUGAGAUGACAGGGCCUGUGAUCACUGAAAUAUCACCUAGUGAUGGACCUUUCUGUGAAUCCUCAUUUGUGGUAAGCUUCUAUGUGCCAAAGAAGAACCAAGCAAACCCUCCAUCAGCAACAGGUCUCCAUGUCCAAAGAUGGAAGCCUGUGUAUGUAGCAGUAAGGCAGUUCAGUGGUUUUGUGAGAGAUUCAAAUGUUGGGGAAGAAGCUGCUGCCUUGAAGGCCAGUAUUGCAGGCACUGAGUGGUCUUCUGCCAUUGAAAGGAGUCACAGAGCCGGGCAUGCUUCUGUUUAUAUUGUUGCUCAGUACAAUGCCCCUUUUGAGUAUGAUGAUAGGGUGAAUGAGAUAUGGUUCUUGUUUGAUUUGGAGAAUGGAAGGAAUUCUAUCUGAAGCUGAUUUGGGAGAAAGCAAAGAUCAAUUUGCUCUUCCUAGAUAUAGCAUGUUAAGUUUCAAUGAGCAAGCUAUGAGCAGAAUAACGCACCAAGAACUCUUGAAGUAUUUUAGUGUGUUGACAGGAUGAAUAAAUAAAGUGUUCCUCAUUUUGCUCUA